UUUACAUUUCAAAGAAAAUUUUUGCAAUGGCUGUUGUUCAAGGAACUUCGUGCAAGCUUUGCCUCAAAACUGCAACCGUUAAAGGUUUUGAGGUAAUAGACGACGUUACUAGAGAUAUUUUAGAUGUUCUUUUGCUGAAAUUGAAAUUUGACAGCGAAGGCAAAGAGGUUGUAUGUAACGUCUGCAGGAGAGAGUUAAAUGCAGCAUUCGAAUUUAAGUCAACUUGUCUGAUGACCGAUUACACAAUUAUUCCAUAUGUGGAUUGUGAAAAAAUGUUACAGCUCGAUAUAAGAGAUGUGUAUACGAAGGAAAAGACAAGCGAGUCAAUGGACAUUUCAGACAGUCAGAAAAUAUGUCGAUUGUGUAUGGAGCCAGUAGAAAGUGAAUUUAGGUGCAUUUGUGAAGAGGAACUUGAAGCUAUCGAGAAAUUGGCUCCUGAAUUGAAUAUAAAUAUCAUCAAAGAUCCCGUUGUGUGUAAGGAAUGCUUUGAUUCUGUGUGCACCCACAACAGUUUCCUAAAAAAUUGCUUGGAAGUACAGGAAGAAAUUAAAGGUAUUUUUUAUAACGCAGCAACUGAAAGCCAGAUAGANACUUUGCAGAAUAUAAAUAUCAUCAAAGAUCCCGUUGUGUGUAAGGAAUGCUUUGAUUCUGUGUGCACCCACAACAGUUUCCUAAAAAAUUGCUUGGAAGUACAGGAAGAAAUUAAAGGUAUUUUUUAUAACGCAGCAACUGAAAGCCAGAUAGAUAUGUCACCAUCUGAAUUAUUCGUUAAGACUGAAAACGAGGACAAAGAAUUCGAUAUCAACGAUAUGGAAAUGUCUAUCAAAGCUGAAAGUAUCGACAUAAAAUCGGAAGAUGAGGAAAGCAGCGACUCGCUACUGCAGAGCUCGGAUAGUGAAUCAUUCGAGAAGAGGGUCCUUAGAGAUGCAGAAGAGGAUGGAUAUAAACAUGAGAAUAAAUCGACACACCAAUGUAAUACGAAGGUCCAGCAGGACCACAAAGGAUUUUACAAAUGUAAUAAAUGUAUUUACAAAACCAAAAGCGAGAGUCGUUUUAUAGCACACCGUACGAGACACCAGAACGAUUCGGAAGCAUAUAAAUGUGAAUCGUGUGAGUAUGAAACUGAAAAUAAAAAAUUUUUUCAGAAACACCGGUUGAGGAAUAAAUAUCCUGUUCCUGGAGGACAAUUGUACAAGUGUGACUUUUGUGAUUUCAAAACAAAGCGGAAGGUUCAAUUGUACGGGUGUAACGACUGUGAUUACGAAACUAAAUACAAGGGUAAUAUGAAACAACACCAACUGAAACAUAGAGAUUCUUCGCAGCGUCAAAUGUUCAAGUGUAACGACUGCGAUUACGAAACUAAAUACAAGGCUGAGAUGAAAGAUCACCAACUGCAACACGAAGAUCCUUCGCUGGUUCAAAUGUACAAGUGUAGCGACUGCGAUUAUGAUACUAAAUACAAGGGUGCUAUGAAACAACACCAACUGAAACAUAAAGAUCCUUCUCAGGUUCAAAUGUACGGGUGCAAGGACUGUGAUUUCGAAACUAAAUACAAAGAGUUUGUUCAAAUCACGGUCACAUCUAGUUUGGUCAAUUUGACCAAACUGAAGUAA